AUGCCUUCCGCGCUGCCGGUGAAUGUGAACAUCCUGGAGGCUCAGAAGCUGGUUGGAGUGAACAUCAACCCUGCAGUUUUCAUCAGAGUAGGAGAUCAGAAAAAACACACAGCGACACAGAAAUCCACCAACUGCCCCUUCUACAACGAGAACUUCCAGUUUGAGUUUCAGGAGACUCCACAGGUCCUAUUUGACAAAGUCAUCGAGAUAAAGGUGUUUCACAGACGGACCCUGGCCUUCCUGAUGACCCACAUUGGGACCUUUAAGAUCGACAUCUCCACCGUGUACAACCAGCCAGACCACCGCUUCUACCAGAAGUGGGGCCCUCUCACAGACCCGGCUGACACCAGAUCAGGGAUCAAAGGCUACGUGAAGGCGAGCCUCAGCGUGCUGAUGAAGGGAGAUGCUCUGAGCAUGGCCAGCCUGCCAGCCCCCUCCUCAUCCUCAGCCAGUGACGACAUAGAGAAGAACUUGCUGCUUCCUCGUGGAAUGGCUUCUGAGCGUCCGUGGGCUCGGUUCCGUGUCCGGAUCUACCGAGCCGAGGGUCUGCCCACCAUGGAGGCGGGGCUUAUGGCCAAGAUGUCGAAGGCCACUGACCGCACAGUCUUCAUUGACCCAUACGUUCAAGUGUCCUUCGCUGGACAACAGGGGGAGACGUCGGUCGCCAGCGCCACCAGCUCUCCCGUAUGGAACGAAGAAAUCUCCUUCAUCGAGCAGUUUCCCCCUCUGGCUCAGCGAAUCAGAGUCCAGGUCCUUGAUGACGCCAAGAUGGGAAACAUCGCCCUGGCAACGCACUUCCUGGACCUGCAGCAGAUUUCUGACCCCACCAGGAACGGUAUAAACCCAAUAACUCCACCCUCGGAGACGUCCACCCAGGACGGAGGCGGGGAAGAAUGCCGUGUACUGCCAACGCUCCAUGGAGAUGGACGCAGCAGGAAGGAGAGAGGCAGGCAGGCCGUCCCGAAUGGAGAAUCCUGUCAUCCCCUGAGAACCCCAACCAUCACUCCUUACCCCUUCAGCGUGCCUGUUCACUUCCUCAAUAACACCUACCAGGUGGUGAGCUUCGAUGCUUCGACCACAGUGGACGAGUUCCAGUGUCGCCUGAACCAGGACACCGGCAUCAGGAAGACGGGUCUGUCUGGGUUCAGCCUGUUCACUGACGACCCCACGGGACGAGAGCUGGAGCACUUUCUGCAGGGAGCCAUCAAGAUUUGUGACAUUAUCUCCAAAUGGGAGCAAGCUUUGAAGGAGCAGCACACUGGCAAGUCUGAAAACACCAGGACUGUCCGCCUCACCUACAAGAACAGGCUGUACUCCUCUCUCCAGGUCAGGGGGGAGUCAGAGAGGGAGAGGUUGCUGCUGGCCUAUCAGACAAAUGAGGCUAUUGUAGCGGGACACUUCCCUGUCAACAAGGAACUGGCUCUGGAAAUGGCUGCCCUGCUGGCCCAGGUGGAGUUUGGAGACUUUGAGCGUCCCUUCUCUGCUCCUGGAUCAGCACAGACCAAGUCCAACCAAACCCUUAAACAGGUUCUGGACAGAUUUUAUCCCAAACAUUACCGGAGAAACACGUCUGAAGAGCAGCUCAGACAACUGCUGCAGCGCCUCUCCGCCCGCUGGGCCUCCCUCAGGGGGCGAAGUCCAUCGGAGUGUGUCAGGAUCUACCUGACCGUUGCCAGGAAGUGGCCUUUCUUUGGGGCCAGGUUAUUUGAAGCAGAGGCCAUCCCUCCCUCUCCGGAGAAGGGGGCUCGUGUUUGGCUGGCGGUGCAUGAAGAUGGUGUCAGCGUUCUGGAGCACAACUCUGUCAAGAUGCUGGUGUCCCACCCUUAUAAGACCUUGGUGACGUUUGGCGGCUGCAAACAGGACUUCAUGCUGGUUGUGGGACAGAGCAAAGACAAAGCUACAGAGAAACAUCUGUUUGCUAUGGACGCCUCAAAGAUAAGGGAGAUCACCCUGCUCAUCUCCGGUUACAUCAACAGCACUCAUCAGCAGAAGGCGGCGGCGCACCACCUCUCCGCCCCGGCGCUGAUGGUGGCGCAACCCAUCAGCCUGAAGAGCAAAGAGCUGAGGAGCAAAUCCCCCCCGACUCUGGGACGCCCCAGCAAGACUCCCACGCUGCUGUGACGACACAAACAUAACUCACCCUGAGAAAUAUCAACCCUUUUACUUCACUUAUAUAACAAAAAGGAAGGAUUUACCUACAGUACAGGUUUAGUUAGACAGAAUGUCCUGUCCUUUCAUUUCAAGCAUAUAAAAGGUAAUUUAUAAACCUGGAGCAGUGUGUUGUAAUACCCUCAAAAGUGUCUUGAAACAACAUUCUUCUAAGAAAUUGUUUGUCACUGAUGAAUGUGUUGCAUUCAAGUGCCGACUCCAAAGAAAAGUCAACACUCUAUAUUGACAGGCUGAGCUAGCGUUUUGCGGUCUCAUUAUUAAUCUACCUGUACCUUGUGCAACAUUAACUUGUUCAAAGAUGCUGUUUGAAGUAAAUUAUUGUAUUCUGGAUUCAACCAAAUAAGAGGCAAUGACUCUUUGUUAGGGAAUAAUUAAGACAAUUGUUUUUUUAUUUUUCCUUCCCCCUGUAGGGUAUUGAAACCCUACCAGGAAGUGAAACCCAGACAGUGUUAGAUAUAAUGAUACUGAACGAUAUGAUGAACGCAGAAGGAAAGACUGAAGAAAACUGUUCAAAAAGUGAAGUAAAAUCGAUGAGUUGGCGGUUUGUCUAACUUAAAAAAGGACACCAGUUUAGACCCUGUGUGCUGUUAGUUACUGAACAGCCAGGAGAGUGGUGGAACUUGAAUCAAAUACUUCAAGCCUUUCUGGUGAAGAGUAACUGAAACCAGCUAGAUGCCUUCAUUUAAAGGGCCCUAUUAUGCUUUUUGGGGUUUUCCCUUUCCUGUAGUGUGCUAUAUAAGUUUUUGAGCAUGGACAUGGUCUGCAAAGGCUAAAAUCCCAAAGACUCCCCCCUGCUUGAAAGGCCUAAAUCGGACUCCAUUGUUUACUUCCAUGACAUAAUGACAUCACUACGUAACACUCGCGCUUCACUUGGCUAGCGCUCCGACUUAUUGUACGUGAUGGGCUAAGGGGUGGGACAUCUCUAAACAGUUUACCAAUCACAGCAGAGCCGGCCAGCUAACCAAUCAGG